UUGCUGGUAUAAAUAAAAGUUUGUAAUCAUGGACUGCUGAAAGAGGGAGAUGGAGUUCGCCGGAAAAGAAGUGGUUCUGAUCUCCGGCUGUUCCGACGGAGGCAUAGGACACGCCCUGGCUCGAGCAUUUGCCGGCCACGACUGUGUGGUGGUUCCCACCAGUAGGUCCCGGCGGUCGAUGGCGGAGCUGGAGCAGGAUCCUAGGUUUUUCUUACAAGAACUGGAUGUCCAGUCGGACGAGAGCGUGGAGCGAUUAACGUCUCUCGUCAUCGAAAAAUUCGGUCGAAUCGAUAUUUUGGUGAACAACGCUGGAGUUCAAUGUAUUGGCCCCAUACCCGAAGUUCCUCUCUCAGCUAUGCAGAACGCCUUCAAUACCAAUGUUUUUGGGACUAUGAGAUUGAUACAAGCGGUGGUUCCUCACAUGGCAUCACGCAGAAAGGGGAAGAUAGUGAAUUUGGGAAGCGUGACCGUAAUGGCUCCUACUCCAUGGGCUGGUGCUUAUACUGCGAGUAAAGCCGCUGUUCAUACCAUUACUGACUGUCUGAGGAUGGAGGUGAAGCCAUUUGGAAUCGACGUGAUCAAUGUGGUCCCCGGUGCCAUAAAAUCGAACAUCGGAAGCUCUGCCGUAGCUGGGUUCAAUGAGAUGCCGGAGCUGAAGCUGUUCAAGGCGUUCGAAGGUGCAAUUGUGGCCAGAGCCAACGCCUCGCAAGGCCCCAAGUCCACCCCCACCGCCGAGUUUGCCGAGAGGACGGUGGCCGCCGUCCUCAAAAAGAGGCCGCCCCCUUGGUUCUCCUAUGGCCGCUAUUCCACCAUUAUGGCCAUCUUGUACCAUUUGCCGAUCUCCCUCAAGGACUUUCUCAUGGGUGCACUCUCUAAGAGUUCUGGGGAUCACAACCACAAAUAGGUUUUACUUUUGCAUAAGAUUUGGUGCCUGGUGGGCAAUGGGAAUGGGAAAGCUUUUAUCAUGGUCCCGUCUUUGAAAAUACUUGCCUCCUCAUAGGUGGGGAUAGUCCCCACCAACCUUACCUAACAAAUGUUUGACAAUUAGGGAGAAAGGCAAAAACAGAAAAUUAUUUUA